AUGAGAGAACGCCACAUAUCUUUCCAUACCUCACCACAUAGAAAUGGUAUUAAAAUUAACAAACAUAACUAUAUUACUUCUACGGCACUUCACUCAAAUUCAAACUCACCGAGUUCGGUAGAGACCUGGAGUCGAGAUUCAUCAAUAAAGGGUAUAGUCGUGUUCGUGGUCUCCUCCGACUCACCAUCGCGUAUUGAUGUCAAUGUCUGCUUUCCAUUUUCAUCCUCACUUAUCGAACCGAAGCUGUCUGAAGUGUCUCUCAAGCAAGUGUGA